GUUGGGGGACUCUGGCGUUGGGAAGACGGCUUUGGUGGUAAAGUUCGUUGACGACGGCUUCAAGAAUGACAAAACGUCGACCAUUGGUAUCGACUUCAAGACGAAGAUGCUUUUCAUGAGAGGCAAGCGCGUGAAGCUUCAGAUCUGGGAUACUGCCGGCCAAGAGCGCCAUCAGACAAUCACGCAGCAGUACUAUCGCAGCGCCAUGGGAAUCGUCCUCUGCUACGAUGUCACGAGCGAGGCAUCCUUUCAAAACAUCAAGCGCUGGAACGAGCAGAUCGAAAUGCAUGGCUCAAAGGACGUCCAACGCAUCCUGGUUGGAAACAAA